AAGUAGCAGAAGGAGAGGAGGAAGAAGAUGAAGUGUUUUCGAAACAUUAGAUCGAUAUUUAACCACGCGGACGGUGUGGAUUUAGUGCUGAUGGGACUAGGUUUACUUGGAGCUAUUGGUGAUGGCUUUGUCACUCCUAUAAUAUUUUUCAUUACAGGCUUGUUACUGAAUGACAUUGGAGCCGUAGGUGAUGAUUCUUCAUUCAGUGAUGAAACCUUCAUGCAUGCCAUCAUUAAGAAUGCUGUAGCUUUGCUUUAUGUCGCUGGUGCAUCUUGGGUGAUAUGUUUCGUUGAAGGAUAUUGCUGGACAAGGACAGGAGAAAGACAAGCAUCAAGAAUGAGAGAGAAGUACUUAAGAGCGGUGUUAAGACAAGAUGUGAGUUACUUUGAUCUUCAUGUUACAAGCACUUCUGAUGUUAUCACUAGUGUCUCUAGUGACACCCUUGUCAUCCAAGACGUUCUAAGUGAAAAGUUACCAAAUUUUUUGAUGAAUGCAUCGGCAUUUGUUGCAAGCUACAUUGUUGGUUUCAUCAUGCUGUGGAGACUUACAAUCAUUGGCUUCCCGUUCAUUGUCUUCCUCUUGAUUCCCGGGCUGAUGUGCGGGCGAGCACUCGUCAGCAUCUCAAGAAAAAUACGUCAAGAGUAUAGUGAGGCUGGUUCAAUCGCUGAGCAAGCUAUCUCGUUGGUGCGAACCGUCUAUGCAUUUGGUAGUGAGAAGAAAAUGGUAUCAAAAUUCUCAGCUGCGCUUCAAGGCUCAGUGAACCUAGGGGUGAGACAAGGACUAGCUAAAGGACUUGCCAUUGGGAGCAAUGGUAUCAGUUAUGCAAUAUGGGGGUUCAUGACUUGGUAUGGAAGUCGGAUGGUUAUGUACCAUGGCGCUAAAGGCGGUACUAUCUUUGCAGUCAUCAUUUGUAUCACCUAUGGUGGCACAUCACUCGGUCGAGGUUUGUCGAAUCUCAAAGAUUUCUCAGAGGCGGUUGUAGCGGGGGAAAGGAUUGUCAAAGUGAUUAAAAGAGUUCCCUAUAUUGAUUCAGACAAUCCUAAAGGUCAAAUUCUUGAGAAUAUUAAAGGAGAAGUCCAAUUCAAGAAUGUGAAGUUCAUGUAUCCGUCUAGACCUGAGACCCCAAUCUUUGAUGAUUUAUGUCUAAGAAUUCCACCAGGAAAAACUAUUGCUCUGGUCGGUGGAAGUGGUUCAGGAAAAUCUACUGUGAUAUCACUAUUACAAAGAUUCUAUGAUCCGGUGGCUGGAGAGAUUCUUAUUGAUGGUGUGUCCAUUAACAAGUUGCAAGUAAAAUGGUUGAGAUCACAAAUGGGUCUUGUUAGCCAAGAGCCAACACUUUUCGCCACAUCUAUAGAGGAAAACAUAUUAUUUGGUAAAGAGGAUGCAUCGAUGGAUGAAGUAGUCGAAGCUGCAAAGUCCUCAAAUGCUCAUGAUUUCAUAUCUCAGUUUCCUCUUGGUUACAAAACUCAGGUUGGGGAGAAAGGAGUGCAAAUGUCAGGAGGUCAGAAGCAAAGAAUUGCAAUUGCGCGUGCGAUAAUCAAAUCGCCAAAACUUCUCCUACUAGACGAGGCAACAAGCGCAUUAGACUCAGAAUCCGAAAGAGUAGUCCAAGAAGCCUUAGACAAUGCUUCUAUUGGUCGUACAACUAUUGUUAUUGCCCACCGCCUCUCUACUAUUCGUAACGUUGAUGUUAUAUGUGUAUUCCACAAUGGUCGCAUUGUAGAAACUGGAUCACACGAAGACCUCAUGAGGAACUUAGACGGUCAGUAUUCUUCUCUAGUUCGCUUACAAAUAAUGGAAACUGAAGAAUCAGAUGAUAACAUUAAUGUAAGUAUGGGGGAUGGUGAGUUCUCGAUUUUAAGUAAAGAUGUGAAGUAUAGUCCAAGGGCUUCUAUUCAAAGCCAUUCUAAUUUGUUCACAACUUCAAGCAUUGAUACAAAUGUUCGUGGUUCGAUUCCAACGAAUAAGAAGCUGCAUGUGCCAUCUUUUAAGAGAUUGAUGGCGAUGAAUAAACCAGAGUGGAAACAUACAUCAUAUGGUUGCUUAAGUGCAGUCUUAUAUGGCGCCUUACACCCGAUUUACGCAUAUGCUUCAGGAUCAAUGGUGUCAGUGUAUUUUCUAACGAGUCAUGAUGAAAUGAAGGAGAAAACAAGGAUCUACGUGCUGCUUUUUGUUUGUCUAGCUGUUUUUUGUUUCUUGACUAGUAUCAUUCAACAUUAUAGUUUUGCUUACAUGGGUGAAUACUUAACGAAACGUAUCCGAGAAAAUAUUCUCUCAAAGCUAUUGACCUUUGAAGUAAGCUGGUUUGAUGAAGACGAGAACUCGAGUGGUGCAAUUUGCUCUAGACUAGCCAAAGACGCAAACGUGGUGAGAUCUAUUGUUGGUGAACGAGUAUCAUUGUUGGUACAAACUAUAUCAGCAGUGAGCAUAGCUUGCACAAUUGGUUUGGUCAUUUCUUGGAAAUUAGCCAUUGUAAUGAUUGCGAUACAGCCCGUGGUUGUCGCGUGCUUCUACACUCAACGCAUUGUACUCAAAAGCAUAUCUAAAAAAGCAAUUAAAGCACAAGAAGAGAGUAGCAAACUAGCUGCGGAAGCCGUCUCCAACAUCCGAACCAUCACAGCUUUCUCGUCUCAAGAACGGAUCCUAAAAUUACUCAAAAAGGUUCAAGAAGCCCCCAAGAGAGAAAACAUCCGCCAAUCAUGGUUAGCAGGGGUUGUCCUUGCAACUUCAAGAAGCCUCAUGACGUGCACAUCAGUUCUAAAUUACUGGUACGGUGGUAAGCUAAUUGCUAAUGGACAGAUCAUGUCAAAAGCAUUCUUUGAGCUGUUUAUACUCUUUGUGAGUACUGGUCGAGUUAUCGCGGACGCUGGAGUCAUGACAACAGAUUUAGCCAAAGGCUCGGAUGCGGUUGCAUCAGUCUUCAGAGUGUUAGAUCGCUACACAAAAAUUGACCCGGAGAACCAUGAAGGAUUUGUCCCACAAAAGAUAAAGGGACAAAUCAGAUUUUCUAAUGUGGACUUCGCGUACCCAACACGACCAGAUGUGAUUAUAUUCAAGAACUUCUCUAUUGACAUCAAUGAGGGAAAGUCCACUGCCAUUUUGGGUCCAAGCGGGUCAGGUAAGUCCACAGUAAUUGGCUUGAUCGAACGGUUCUAUGACCCGUUAAAAGGUAGUGUAGAAAUCGAUGGCCGAGAUAUAAGGUCAUAUCAUUUGAGAUCACUUCGUAAACAUAUAGCUUUGGUCAGCCAAGAGCCAACUUUGUUCCUUGGGACUAUCCGAGAGAACAUCAUGUACGGAGGAGCAUCUGAAAAUAUCGAUGAGUCAGAGAUCAUCGAGGCCGCGAAAGCAGCCAACGCUCACGAUUUCAUUACAUCGCUAUCGAACGGUUAUGACACAUACUGCGGGGACAGAGGAGUACAAUUGUCUGGUGGUCAGAAGCAGAGGAUAGCAAUUGCUCGUGCGGUUUUAAAGAACCCAUCAGUGUUGUUACUUGAUGAAGCUACGAGUGCUCUAGACAGCCAAGCUGAGCGCAUGGUACAAAACGCACUCGAACGUUUAAUGGUUGGGAGGACAAGUGUUGUGAUCGCACAUAGACUUAGUACAAUUCAGAACUGUGAUAUGAUAACUGUUUUAGACAAAGGGAAAGUUGUGGAAUGUGGAACACACUCUUUCUUGUUAGGAAAAGGUCCCAUGGGAACAUAUUUCUCAAUGGUCAGUCGCCAAAGAACUCAUUGUUGA